CUCAGACUAUCCAACUUUAACAUUUCCUAUCACUAUCUUUUCUUUCUUUCUUUUCUGGACUUUAUUUUCCCAUUGACAAGGAAAUAUCCAACCGUUUUACACAUUCUCUUCACAUCUCUCAUUGACAAGCGUAUUCAGUCGCUACAGACCUUUUAUAACCAACCUUUAUCGAAUUUUACCAAAACACUCUCUUCAACAAUGCAGGUUUCAUUGACUCGAGUUCUCCUGGCCGCCCUGCUCGCAGGCGAGGCCGCCGCCGCCCCCUUGCCCAAGUUUGGGGACCUUUUCAAGCCCGACCCCCACGGCGUCGACGUCACCAACCCUGACGACCCCUUUGGCUUUGGCGGAAAGCACAAGCGUGACGAGGCUGAGGUCGCCAGCGCAGACGAGUCCGCGGAGCAUGGCGACGAGGUUGAUGUCGCCGACGGCGGCGACGACGAGCCCGCCGUUGAGAAGCGCGAUGAGGCCGAGAGCACUGACGCUGACUCCGCUGACGCCGCUGACGAUGAGGAGCCUGCUGUUGAAAAGCGUGACGAGCCGGAGAGCGCUGAUGCUGCUGCCGCCGACGAUGACGACGAUGAGCCUGCCGUCGAGAAGCGUGACGAGCCGGAGAGCACUGAUGCUGCUGCCGCCGACGAUGACGACGAUGAGCCUGCCGUCGAGAAGCGUGACGAGCCGGAGAGCACUGAUGCUGCUGCCGCCGACGAUGAUGACGAGGAGCCUGCUGUUGAGAAGCGUGACGAGCCGGAGAGCACUGAUGCUGCUGCCGCCGACGAUGAUGACGAGGAGCCUGCUGUUGAGAAGCGUGACGAGCCCGAGAGCGCUGAUGCUGCUGCCGCCGACGAUGACGACGAGGAGCCCGCCGUCGAGAAGCGCGACGAGCCUGAGAGCACUGACGAGGCCGAGGUCGACGACGAGGAGCCCACCAACGAGUAGGUCUCAGGUUAUUCGGACGCGCGGAAUCGUGGGCGUGGCAUGAGGUUCGGUUAGGGGAUUCUCUAUUUUUUUUCAAUAGUGAGGGAGAGCAGUGGUCUUAAGUUGUUAUAUUUGGACGUAAUUUUGUUUUCAAUUUUGUAGCUCCGAGGCCAAUUACAAGAUUCGUCCGAUAGUGGCG